AUUUUUAAAUAUUAUGGCCACUUCUAUUGUAAAUAAGAAGGAUAAUUUUGAUUGGCUAAUAAAAAUUCUAAUGAUAGGAGAUUCUGGUGUAGGAAAAACAAAUGUGCUAUUACGAUUUUGUGAAAAUAAUUUCUAAUAAACAUACUUAUCAACAAUUGGUAUAGAUUUCAAAAUAAAAUCAAUUGAUGUUGAUGGAAAGAAGAUAAAGAUGUAAAUAUGGGAUACUGCAGGAUAAGAGAGAUUUAAAACAAUUACUUAGACAUAUUAUAAAGGAGCUAUGGGAAUAAUUCUUGUUUAUGCCGUAGACGAUAAAGAGACAUUUAAUAACAUUACUAAUUGGAUGAAUCAAAUAAAGUAACACGCAAGUGAAAAUGUUUGUAAAUUGCUUAUAGGUUUCUAUUUAUAUUUAUUAGUAUAAAUUAGGAAAUAAAGUUGAUGUUCUAAAUAGAUAGGUAUCAAAAGAUGAAGGAGAAGCUUUAGCCAGAUAGUUUGGAGUUCCUUUUUUUGAAACAUCUGCAAAAGAAGGUAUAAAUGUGGCAGAUGCCUUUUUCGCAAUGGCCAAGGCAGUCAAAGCAAAUCUUUAAAAUGAAAAAACACCUAAUCCUAGUAUACCUUAAAAUGGAACUUCAAAAUUAACUCAAAAUAAUCCUGAUUUAGAUGAAAAAAAAAAAAAUGGAUGUUGCUGAAUUUAAUAAAAAAUAAACA